AUUUACAUACAACAAGCGCUAGAAAUAUCGUUUGAAGGUAGUGUGUGGAACAAAUAGCAAGAAUGUGCACGGUAAAAACUUGCAAAGACACGCUUUUACAACUCAUACAUGGUUUCAAGAUAAAAACAAUGCGUCACUUCAAGUAUUACCAAGCUAAGACAAUUAUAUGAGAAAGCUUGGUCCGCUAGUGAUUCCAUUUUCUGCGAGCAGCCAGUCGUUCUUCAUUAACGAAGGUCGCUACAUCUUCUAUCGAAUGGUUGUGUAUGGAAAUGAGACGGUGAUCCCCAAACUUGCCCAGCAACUUGAAAACUGGUCAAAGUGGUCCAGAAAAGGUGGCAGAGUGACAGCAUCGCAAAGAUUUUUCGUUUUCAAUACGGACAUUCGAGUACCAGACGUUGCUUACACGCCUCGCCGAUACCCAUUGAGGCUUUUCAUUCAAGUCAUAAUAGACGUGUCACUGCAAGCCCUGUGCUCUCACCUUAAUUGUUAAGAUGGAGAUAUUUCCAGUGUAAGCUUUUUAAGGAGUGCUCAUGAUUGUAAGAUGCAAAAUAUAUACUAUCAGCACAGCGUCUGGUUAGGUUGGCAGAAAAACCCAAAAUCAACUUACGACGGAUGUAUGAGUAUUAUGUCGACAACGAUGGAAGCGAGCAAUGCUCUAAUAACAUCGCGUGAGAUAUCUUCAAAGAUGGUGGUGUUCAUUCUAAAUUCACUUUGCAACAACUUGGAGAUGGACUUGAUGACAGCUUUAGAUUAUCCUACGAAGAUGAAGUUGCAAUAAGCGAUUCCUAUAACUUUGUUUAUCUGCAGCUCGUGCUGAAUGACACUAUCUCGCAUAAAGAAUUUAGCCAAGCAUGAGACUUCAUUGUGGCAAGUACGAAGUUAUAAAUAUUCAAGUGAUGAUGAAUGGCUUCAAAAUUUGAAUCUAAGGUUUAGCGGCGAAUAAAGUUGUCUAGAAAAUAGUGGUUACAUCGCAAAAGUCUCUAAGCUAGCACAAACCUGCUCAGCGUUUGGUUCUAUCGCAUAAUAAAUGGAUCAGAAUCUGUGCCGUCUCGUAAGCAAGAUACUUUAAACGUACUUCGGCGUCGAAGCCGUCGCAUUUCUGCCAAAUUCAAUUAUUCCAGAGUUAGUUUGCUCGUAUUUUUGGCUUCGUUCCUACUUCUUGACACGCCAAAUUUAUCGCACCAGUUUCUUUUAAAGACGCUCAAUUUGUUUCAAGAGUAAAAA